AUGGGUCUCACUUUCUCCAAAAUUUUUGAUAGACUAUGGGGUCGCAAGGAGAUGCGCAUCCUGAUGGUCGGCUUGGACGCUGCCGGAAAGACCACCAUCCUGUACAAGCUGAAGCUCGGUGAAAUCGUCACCACCAUCCCCACCAUCGGCUUCAACGUCGAGACCGUCGAGUACAAGAACAUUCAAUUCACCGUGUGGGAUGUCGGUGGUCAGGACAAGAUCCGUCCUCUGUGGCGCCACUACUUCCAGAACACUCAGGGUAUCAUCUUCGUGGUUGACAGCAACGAUCGCGACCGUAUCGUCGAGGCCCGCGAGGAGUUGCAGCGCAUGUUGAACGAGGAUGAGCUCCGCGAUGCUCUCCUCCUGGUUUUCGCCAACAAGCAGGAUUUGCCGAACGCCAUGAGCCCCGCCGAGAUCACCCAGCAGCUCGGCCUCCAGAGCCUGACCCGUCGUGCUUGGUAUAUCCAAUCCACCUGCGCCACCACUGGUGACGGUCUGUAUGAGGGUCUGGAGUGGCUCGCCGAUGCCCUCCGGAAAGUGGAACGUGGCUAA